ACACAACGUGUUGGAGGGGUAUAUAUUUGUUUUGUGUAUACUUUCGGUAAAACUAGUAUAAAUCAUGAGAAAUUUGGAACUUUGGCACGUAAACGUGCGCAACCUGGUUACUAACAGUGAGGACCAGCUCGCCACAUUCUGUUACGGCCAUGGCGAAGGCAAUUUCACUGGAGAAUUGUACUCCUGUUCACAUAACCUUAUAGUGAGUAACUUCGAUGAAGAUGGUGAGGUGAAGUGGACUAAGGAUUUAUGUGAGCUGGCGUCUCCGGAGAACAGUCCAGUGAAUGUGACGUACUUGCCGCUGUCCAAUGCUUUGUGUGUAGGGCUCGCGAAUGGCGAGUUGUUCACGAUUUCAGAGUUGGGCACCAGCUGCGAGCUCGCUGGGGUCUGUCAGGCUGGAUUAUUGGCAAUGGAGUGGAGCCCAGACCAAGAACUGCUAGUUCUGGUAACAAAAGACAUGAACACCAUUCUGAUGUCCUGCACAUUUGAUCCCGUUCACGAGACACCCAUUCUAGACCAAGAGUUCGGGGAGAAGGAAUUUAUCACAGUCGGGUGGGGGAAGAAGGAAACUCAGUUCCAUGGGUCUGAAGGCAAGCAGGCUGCUAAAUUGAAAACUGAAGUUAGUGGUGACACAGAUGCUAAUAAUGCAGUUAAAAUAUCUUGGAGAGGCGAUGGCAACCUUUACGCAGUUGGAUUCCUUAUGGACGGCAUCAGACGAUUCAAAGUCUUUGAUAGAGAGGGCCAUCUACAGUACACCAGUGAAAAACAACCAGGUUUGGAGGCAAAUCUCUCAUGGCGACCAAGCGGUAAUGUCAUUGCUACAACACAAAAAAUUAAUGACAAAUAUGUGGUCGCAUUCUUUGAAAAGAAUGGUCUUAAACAUGGAGGUUUCGAUAUACCUGUUGAUGCACAGACAGAGGUUCAGGAUCUAGCUUGGAGUUCAGAUUCUGAAAUAAUAGCACUGCAAUGCUAUAACAAAGCAACUAGCUCACACAGUUUGCUGUUAUUUACAACUGGGAACUAUCACUGGUAUCUUAAACAAACUCUAACAUUCAAUAGUUAUCAAAAAAUAAGCAAGAUAAUCUGGGACAAUGAUUUCGAUGUUGCUAACAACAAGAAACUGCAUCUUGUGUUAAGUAACGGUCAGCAUUAUACAUAUUCAUGGAUUUGGAAUAUCAAUCACAGUAGAGGGAAACGCAGUAAUGAUGAUGCUGUAGUAAUUGUUAUAGAUGGGAAGAAAGCAUUAGCUACUGGGUUUAGGCAAACCGUUGUGCCUCCUCCUAUGGCAAGUCUUGAAAUAGAGUCAAACUCAAGUGUAAACUCUGUUCAUUUUAAAAAAGAUGAUAAUGAUCACGAUCCUAAUACUUUCUUUGUGUGCACCACAGAUAAUAAACUAGAAUUUUACAGGCAAACCGAAAAGUUUCCUUUAAAAUAUGAAUUAUUCAAGACUUUUACUUUAGAAAAGUACAAUUUCCCAUUCCAAUAUUAUAAUUGGUUUUGGUUGAACUCUGACACUUUAAUCUGCUCUGAAGUGGACAAUAACAACAGUUAUUUUAUAUCUGAAUACAAUAUAAAGUCUGCAGAAAUUACAAAAAUAAAUACAGAGUCUUUGCCAGAACCUGUAGUAAGAAUUGAGUCCCAUCCGAAUGAAAGUUCAGCUGCCUACCUCCAACUUAUAAACGGGGAUAUUAUGCUUUACACAGUAGGAGGAUCCAUGGAACCACAGGACGUUUCGUUUUCUGUCCCAUGCCCCACUUUCAAUGUACUAAAAGUUGGUGAUGAAAUUCACUUUUUAAGUCUGACACAUAAAGGAAUAUUGUAUUUAGAUGGUGAAAAAAUAUUGAACAACGUGAGUUCCUUCUACGUUCAUACACAUUUCCUUUUAUUGACAAAUCUUCAGCAUGUGCUCUUAUGCGUGGAACUGACACCCUCAGGCCUGAAUGCGUUAAAAGAAUACCAGAAAAGUGAAUCAUCUGAUGUUUAUAAAAGGAAAAUUGAAAGAGGCGCGAAGCUGGUUAUAGCUGUACCGAAUGAAACGAGGACUGUAUUUCAAAUGCCUAGAGGAAAUCUAGAAGGAAUACAACCAAGGCCUCUCUCCUUAAAAAUUAUAGGGGAAUAUCUAGAUAACAGUAAAUACUAUGAGGCGUUUGAUUUAAUGAGAAAACAAAGGAUCAAUCUAAACCUGAUCUAUGACCAUGAUCCUGAAAAGUUUGAAAAAUCCAUAGAUAAUUUUCUAGAAGCAAUCCAAAAUAACACAUGGCUCAGUUUAUUCUUAUCCGACUUGGAAAAUGCGGAUGUCACGAAAUCGAUGUAUUCAAGUAGUUACGUCGACAAAAAAGACGUAAAGAGAGAUAGUAGUUCUAAAAUACAAAGAAUCUGUGAAACAAUUAGAACUCAUUUGAUGAAAAGGCCAGAUAAAGACACGAAGAUCUUACCAAUUCUUACAACUUAUGUAAAAAUGAAUACUGUUGAAGAUUUAGAAUCAGCUUUGACUGUUAUAAAAGAUCUGAAAACGAAAGAAACUAGUGGCAAGCUUCCUGUGACCUCAGAUGAAGCCCUAAAGUACCUGUUGUACAUGGUAGACGUUAACCAACUCUUCGAUGUAGCAUUAGGGAUGUAUGACUUCGAUUUAGUCCUACUAGUAGCUAACAAAUCGCAAAAAGACCCCAAGGAAUAUGUCCCAAUGCUCAAUGAAUUCAACAGCAUGGAAGAAAGUUAUAAAAGGUUCUCUAUUAACAAACAGUUGAAAAGAUUUACCAGAGCGGUGGAAUGUCUUGCGAAAUGUGGGCAAGACAAAUAUGAUGAGUUAAAAACGUUUGUUAAAUAUCACAGUCUGUAUAGAGAAGCUUUAAGAUUGUUCAAUAACGGAGAUGAAAUUUACACUGAAAUAGCAGAAGAUUUUGGACUCCAUUUGAGACUAAAGAAACAAUACACUGAGGCUGGCAUUAUUUAUGAACGAGCUAAUAAUAUUGAAAAGGCUAUUGAAUGUUAUAAGGAUGCUUUAGAAUGGGAAUUAGUAGUUAAACUAUUAUGUACAAGAUCGAAGGAUGAACAAUCCGUUAUAUGCUGGGAGUUGGCAAACGGUUUAAAAGAUGAAAAGCGCCAAGGAGAAGGCCUAACGUUAUUAGAACAGUUUUGUAACGACAAAGCGGAGAUAGUCAAAUACGCUAUUGAAGGCCGCUUAUUUAAGUCUGCCCUGCGACUCUGUUUCAUGUAUAAGCUUGGUGAACUUAAAGACGACCAUCUACUACCGGCUGUGAUGGAAGAAUAUGGAAACCUUCAAGAGCUAAUCGAACGAAACUGGGGUACAUUCACAAAACACAGAGACCGUCUCUUCAUCGUCAGAGAAACCAAGAGGAACGCGCCAGAGAUCGAUAUCUCUUAUGCUAAUAAGGACUGCGAUUUGUACUCGGAUGCCGGGAGUACGGUAGCGUCGUCGAAUUCGCGUAGUUCAGGCCGCACCUUCCGCUCAAGCAAAAACCGUAGAAAACACGAGCGCAAAGUCGCAUCACUUAAGGAAGGUUCCCAAUACGAAGACGUCGCGCUAGUGAUGGCCUUACACAACCUGAUCACAUCUACGUUCGAGUUGAGACUGCAGGCUCGUGAGCUCAACACAGCGCUGAGCUGUCUCAACAAGGACCAUGAGGCGUUUCUACUGCAGUCAUGCCUAGAAAAGUUACUGAAAGAGAUGAAAGACAGCUUCAAGGACAUCUGGACGAACGAGCUAGUUAUAGAGGCGACCAACGCCGCCAUAGCGGCCCUCAACGUUCCUGAGGGCUGCAGCGUGCUGCCGCAGGGCAUCGGCUCUCUUGAACCGCAUAUGAGGAUAGCGCCUAUUAUCCAAGACAUAAGCUGGAAGCUGGAUGGCCUAAACUAAUAAAACUAG